AUGUACAGUCGAAUCGGGAUUUUUGUUUACCUUAUUUUCGCCGUUGCUGUCGUCGAAUGUCGACCUCAUCGCCGUCAAUUCUCAUUCGGUAGUUCAUCCACAUAUACUCCUGGUGGAAAUAGCGGCUACUACAAAGAUGCCUAUGGCGUUUAUUGGCGGGGACAGAAAGUAUCGUUUCUCAAGGCUUCAUCGUUCAGAGAUCUCGGUUUCGGAUAUGCCAGCGACGCCACUAAUGUGGCAUUUCAAGGACAAAAAGUGAAGGAUGCCAGUGCUUCUUCGUUUAAAGUGUUGACAGACUACUAUGCCAUGGAUACGUUCAAUGUCUACUAUGCCGGAGAAAAAAUCCAGGGUGUUUUUUCAAGUUCGUUUAAAACAUUGGGACAGAACUAUGCUCGUGACAGUUUUGACGUAUUUUAUAAUGGCAAGCAAAUACCGGGAGCGAGAGCAAGUUCGUUUCAACUUUUGGGCGAUUUUUACGCUAAAGACACCUUCGACGUAUAUUACAUCGAUAAACUAGUCGAGGGAGCCAGGGCAAGUAGUUUCAAGGUCAUCGGUGGUGGAUAUGGUCGCGAUUCGUGGGACACCUAUUAUCUGGGAAAAAAAGUAUGA